GUAAAGUUUUCAUAGAAGCGUCCAUGUUGUAGAGCUCCGCCCCCCUCUUUCAUCUGUGGUGCGAGGGCCGGGUAUGCUUAAGUACUUUAGUUUUUCGGAUCUGGCGUUGUAUAGUUUCCAGAGGAAGCGGUACGUCCACGCAUGCGACAUUUCAAGCAAUACAUUUUCAAACUACAAGGAUGGCGAGCGUGACGGCAACUCCGACCGGCCAAAGGAGCACGUGCAGCGGCGACUCACAGCUCAACCCGAACAGAAUGAGCAGACUGCAGGAGAAGCAGCAGCUGAGGAACCUCAACGACCGUUUGGCCGUCUACAUCGAACAGGUCCGCAAGCUAGAGUCCGAAAACGACACCCUUCAUCUGAAAAUUAGCGAGAACGAGGAGGUGAGAAGCCGGGAUUUCAGCGGACUGAAAGUCUUGUAUGAGACGGAGCUUGCCGAUGCCAGAAGGUGUUUGGAUGAUUCCUCCAAACAACGCGCUUGGCUGCAGAUUGAGCUGGGACGACUCAAAUCCGAGCAUGAGCAGCUUUUACAGAGCUACAAUAAGAGGCACUCUGAGGCAGCAGUAGCCAAGGCCCGGCUCAAAGACUUGGAAGCCCAGUGUAACGACAAAGAUGCCAUGCUUGCUACAGCCUUGUCUGCCAACAAUGGCCUGGAGGCCACCAUGGCCAGCUUGCAAGAACAAAUGCAAGAGCUGGAUGUGGGUCUCAACCAGAGCAAGAAGCACCUGAGUGAGGAGAUGCUCCUUCGCGUCGACUUGGAAAACCGCUACCAGAGUCUGACAGAGGAGAUGGACUUUCGUAAGAGUAUGCACAAGGAGGAAGUGAAGGAGGUACGACAGCAGUACGAGGCGCGUCUGGUGGAGGUGGACUUUGGGCGAAAGGAGGAGUAUGAGUCGAAACUGACACAGGCCUUGGCUGACAUGAGAGCUCAGAAUGAGGAGCAGUUCAAGAUCUACAAAGGCAACGUGGAGAGUACUUACAUCGCCCAAAUGGAUGACCUGCGCAGUCAGUCUGAGAUGAACAGAGUGUCAGCCAGCACGGCCCGAGAGGAGCUGAGAGAGUCCAGCCUAAGGAUUGAGAGCCUCACCUCCCAGUUGGCAGGCCUACAGAAGGAGAGUCGCGGCUGGCGUGAUCGCAUCAUAGACCUUGAGGCAGCACUGGCUCAGGAGAAAAACAAAAGCCGCAAACUACUGGCCGCAAAAGACGGCGAAGUGGCGGAGAUCCAGGCAAAGAUGCAGCAGCAGUUGGAUGAAUAUGAACAGCUACUGGAUGUUAAGUUUGCCCUGGACAUGGAGAUCAAUGCAUACCGCAAACUUCUCGAGGGAGAAGAAGAAAGAUUGAAGCUCUCUCCCAGCCCUUCCUCUCGUGUCACCGUGUCUCGAGUCUCGUCUAGCAGCCGCAGUGUUCGGACAAACCAGGGAAAGAGGAAGCGUGUUGAUGUUGAGGAACAGGAAGCUAGCAGCUCUGUGUCCGUUGCUCACUCCUCCUCAGCCAUCGGGCCCAUAAUUAUCGAUGAAAUCGACACUGAUGGCAAGUUUAUAAGCUUCCAUAACUCUGCUCAUGAGGACCAGGCCAUGGUGGGCUACGAAAUAAUUAAAACCAUUGGAAGUGCGACAGCCACCUACAAGUUCACACCCAGAUAUGUCAUGAAGGCUGGUCAGAAAGUCACGGUUUGGGCUUCUGAUGCUGGGGUGAGCUCCAAACCUCCGACAGAUCUGGUUUGGAAAAAACAUUGCUCCUGGGGUUCAGGGGAGGAUGUCCAUGUGGUUUUGGUCAACUCUCAGGGAGAGGAGGUGGCAAAGAGAAGCACGACAUACAAGACAGCAGUCGAUGAAGGGAAUGGUAAGGAAGAUGAUCAUGAACAGAUUAAGGAUCACUUCUUCCACCAGCAAGGUGACCCUCAGACUGCCAAGCGAGGCUGCUCCAUCAUGUGAGCCCUCUCAGCCAAUCAGCUUCUCGGAUCGCCCACAAGUCUGCCAGCUGAAUUAAGGAAACUUUGUCUGUUUUUUCUAACGAGUCAACUGUUUGAAUUUUACCAGAUGUUUUCCUUCCAAGUGCAAAUGUUAUUUUAUUAAGCAGUACACUGAAACCCAAAAACAUUUGAGGAUUGGAGCCUUUUUGAAUUUUAUUUUAUUUUAUUUUUUAGUUUUUUGUGCAUUUUUAAAUUAUUAUAUAAUAUUGUUUGCUUUUUUUUUUAAAUCACUAUUUAUAUGCUUUAGGGCAGUGGUUCCCAAACUUUUACAGUCGCGUACCCCUUCAGACCAUUUAUUUGAAGCCAUGUACCCGGCCCACCACUGCUUAAUUUGCUCAUUUCUGCUCCAUUCUCCUUGCUGCGUGAGGCAUUCAGGUGCACUUGUAAUUGUGAGUGUAAUACGCUAAUUGUUUUUUUUUGUUGUUGUUUGCGUACCCCCAUGACAAAUGGCCUACCCCACUUUGGGAACCUAGGCUUUAGGGGGGGAAAAAAAAUAAAAAGAAUUUUUGGGGGGAAAUCCUGUGAGCAUGGACCUCAGAAAAGUAAAAAAAAAAAACUUAAGUGGCCAAAAAAUGAAUGAAAAGAACGUUAUCUGAUCUGUAGAAAGCAUGAUUUUAUUUUCUGGAAGUCGGGGUACUGUUCGUUGAAUUAAUUGUCCGUUAAUUCAUUUUAAAAGCCCUUCUGUGCAUGAUGUGUACUUGUCAUAUCUGCCACUAGAUGUCACUAGAAGCCAAAAACAAAUCACCUCCAGGAUAAGCAGUCACCCAAUUUCAUCCAUCCAUCCAUCCAAUCGGGCGAGAGGCGGGGUACACCCUGGACUGGUCGCCAGCCAAUGGCAGGGCACAUAUAGACAAACAACCAAUCACACUCACAUUCAUACCUAUGGACAAUUUCGAGUCUCCAUUUAAGCUAACGUGCAUGUUUUUGGAAUGUGGGAGGAAACCGGAGUCCCCGGAGAAAACGCACACACGGAGUCCACAACUUUUCCCACAAUUUAACGGAGAUCUUCCCCAUCUCGUGACUGUGUGGCCAACAUGCUAACUGCUAGGCCACCGUGCGACCCGUCACCCGUAUUAAACUAAUAAAAUGGAUGAUUACAUACAAUUAUUUUAUUAUAUGCCUCGAGCAUAAAUAAUACUUGACUGUUAUCAUAAAUGAUCUGAUCCCAGUAUCCGUUGCAAUGUGCUCAGGUACACCAAGAAUAACUGUGACAAUGUGAAGGUCCAUGACAUUCUUAAGACUACUUGUCAUGUAGCAAAUGUGACCUUGUUCUUAUCUGAAUAAAAUUUAUUGUUUUUGGUACUACAUGUCAUCACAUGAGUUCCUGCAAAACGGAACUGGAAUGAAUAAAUGGAAUAGACCUGACUAAGCAGUUUAGUGUGUGCAUUCUUACUGAACUACAUUUAUAAAAAUAUUUGAGAUAA